AUGGACGUCCUUCCUGUCCCCGUCCCCGUCGCCUUCCGGGAACCAUCCGCCAAGGCAGAGCUCAGCUUCCCACCGAGCCCGGCUACCACAGUUAGGGAGGGUUUGUCUUACAGCGUCGACGGCAGAUCAGAGCAUUCGGCCUCAGGAGGUCUACUCGACGAGCCCAGCGUUGAGGGCUCUCGCAGCUAUCCCCUGCCUCCCAAAUCAAGAACCAACAAGGUCCUGGCCGAGGAUCUCAAGACACCAGACAGCCAUGUCACCCGAGACCCUCGACUAAUACGCCUGACCGGAAUCCACCCAUUCAACGUCGAGGCCCCUUUGGGCGAAUUGUACGACGAAGGCUUCAUCACCACCAAGGACCUGCACUAUGUUCGGAACCACGGAGCCGUACCCAAAGUCGAGGACGAGGACAUGUUUGACUGGGAAUUUACUAUCGAGGGCCUCGUCGAGAACCCCAUCAAGAUGACACUGAGAGAUCUCAUCUCAGACUACGAACAAAUCACUUACCCGGUCACCCUGGUUUGUGCUGGCAACCGCCGAAAGGAGCAGAAUAUGGUCCGCAAAUCAAAAGGCUUCUCAUGGGGCGCCGCCGGCUUGUCAACAGCCCUCUGGACCGGUGUGUCGAUCGGCGACCUCCUUGCCCGGGCAAUGCCCAAGAGAGGGGCAAAGUACGUGUGCUUCGAGGGUGCCGAUAAGCUUCCCAACGGUUAUUACGGAACGAGUAUCAAGCUCAACUGGUGCAUGGACCCAAACCGCGGAGUGACAGUAUGCUACCGCAUGAACGGUGAGCUGCUGCACCCUGAUCACGGAAAGCCUGUGCGCAUCAUCAUCCCUGGCCAGAUUGGUGGCAGGAGUGUCAAGUGGCUCAAGAAGAUCAUCGUCACCAAGGAGCCCAGUGACAACUGGUACCACAUUUACGACAACCGAGUGCUUCCUACUACAGUCUCCCCAGACGCCAGUGCAGACCUGCCGGAGGUGUGGAAGGACGAGCGAUACGCCAUCUACGACCUCAACACAAACAGCGCCACCUGCUACCCCGCUCAUGACGAGGUUGUCCCCUUGGCCGAUGGGCCAGAGACUUACAGAGUCCGCGGGUACGCCUACGGCGGCGGCGGCAGGAGAAUCACAAGAGUGGAAAUCACCCUUGACCGAGGCAAGACGUGGCUCCUUGCCAAUAUUGACUACCCCGAAGACACGUAUCGACUAGCCCCCGAGGGCGAGACCCUCUACGGCGGCAGGGUUGAUAUGGACUGGAGGGAGACUAGCUUCUGCUGGUGCUUCUGGAAUCUGGACAUCCCCAUCGCUCAGCUCGCCGACACAGCAGACGUCAUGGUCCGCGCCAUGGACGAGAGCAUGAUGGUGCAGCCUAGAGACAUGUACUGGAGUGUACUGGGCAUGAUGAACAAUCCGUGGUUCAGGGUGGUCAUCCACAAGGAGGGACACAGCCUACGCUUUGAGCACCCUACUCAACCGGCUCUCAUGGCUGGCGGGUGGAUGGAGCGCGUCAAAAAGGCAGGAGGUAACCUCUCCAAUGGCUUCUGGGGCGAGAAAAUCGAGGGAGAAGCCGAAAGUGCCGUCGAGCCGGAAGAAAUCAAGGAGAUCUGCAUGACGAAGGACACCAUCAAGCGCAGCAUUGCCAUUGAUGAGCUUCGGCAGCACAACGGCGAGGAGGAGCCGUGGUUCGUCGUCGAUGGCGAGGUUUACAAUGGCACCCCCUUCCUUGACGGUCAUCCGGGAGGCGCGGCCUCCAUCUUCGGCGCCGCCGGCCAGGACGUGUCGGAAGAAUUCUUGACCAUCCACAGCGAGAACGCUAAGAAGAUGAUGCCCGACUACCACAUCGGCACACUAGACGAGGCCGGCCGGAGGAUGCUUGCCGAAGGCGAGAUUGUGCCAGAGGAUGACGACAAGACUGCGCGGUCAGUCUUCUUGCAGACCAAAAACUGGACCAAGGGCAUCCUUUCGGAAAAGAAGAAGGUCUCGUCCGACUCCAAGAUCUUCACAUUUACGCUCGAGCACCCGGACCAGAUGGUCGGCCUGCCAGUCGGCCAGCACCUGAUGAUGCGGUUGCGCGACCCCGUCACCCGCGAGGCCAUCAUCCGCGCCUACACGCCCAUCUCGGAGGGCACCGACAAGGGCAAGCUUCACGUGCUCGUCAAGAUCUACUACGACACACCGGACCGCAAGGGCGGCAAGAUGACGCAGGCGCUCGACUCCAUCCCCGUCGGCCACUUUGUCGACUUCAAGGGCCCCGUCGGCAAAUUCGAGUACCUCGGCAACGGGCUCUGCUCUAUUGCCGGCAGGCCGCAGCGUGCCGUCAAGCGCUUCAUCAUGAUCUGCGCGGGCUCGGGCAUCACGCCCAUCUUCCAGGUCCUGAGGGCCGUCAUGAAGGACGCCGCCGACCCGACGAGGUGCCUCGUGCUCGACGGCAACCGCGUCGAGGAGGACAUACUCUGCCGGGAGGAGCUCGACGCCAUGGCCGCCGCCAAUCCGGGCAGGUGCCGGCUGCUCUACUCGCUCACGAAGCCCGAUGCGUCGUGGACGGGUCUCAGGGGUCGGAUGGACGGCCAGUUCUUUGGGAAGGAGGUGGGCGCGUGCCGCAACGAGGCGGGUGGCGAUGAGCUCGUCCUCGUGUGCGGACCCGAGGCGUUCGAGGCAUGCGUGCGCACCACCCUCACCGGUCUCGGCUGGAAGGAGGACGACUUGGUGUUCUUCUAA